CGGUCACGUGGUGCGCGCGGCAGGAAGGAGUGCGUCUGGUUUGAUUGUUUUUCCUCCGUGAGGCGCAGUUACUUUCCGUUGUGCAGUGCGGCUCCGCAGGUCUUCCUAGUUCCUACCGAGUUGUCUGAGGAGAUGGAGGCCAGCCUGACGUGCGCCGUGUGCCUCGGAGUGUUCCGGGAGCCGGUGACGCUGCCUAGCUGCUCUCAUAACUUUUGUAAGAGCUGUGUGCUGGAGUGCGCCUCCCCGCUCGUGUGGACUGCGGCUCAGCCCAGGGCCGACCUCCAUACCACCGUCACCUGUCCGCUCUGCCGCAGGGUGAGCAACCUGGCCGGAGGUCUGGCAGCGCUGCCAGUCAACACCACGCUGGCCGAGGUCGUCAGGCUGAUCCCUCAGAGCAAAGCCCGGGAGAGACCGGGGGCGUGCGGUGGGAACCAGGACUGCGGGGUGUCCGGGAAGGAGCCGUGUGUGGAGCACCCGGAGCUCAGGCUGGAGCUCUUCUGUAAGAACUGCGAGCUGGCGUGCUGCGGCAAGUGCGUAUCCCUCCGCCACCAGGGCAUCUUCCACAGCGUCAACCUGCUGGACAUGGUCUUCCAGGAGGAGAAGCUUAUGUUUUUCAACAACUUAAAGACUCUGCGUGAAUUACAUGGGAAGCUCACCAAGGAAAUAUCCGAGGCAGAGAACAGCGCUGAGUCAAUUCUAAAAGCAAAUGAAGAUGCAGUCAUGUCCGCAUUUGAUGAAGUGCAGAAAGCUUUGGAUUUAAAAAAGCAGCAACUUCUGGACCUGGUUAAACAGCAGCAAAGCACCUCAAUAAAGCGGUUUGAAGUACAGAAAGUAACAAAAACUCAUAACAAAACUACAGUUGAAAGUCUCCUUAGUGCUUGUGAAACUGUUGUAGAUGAUUAUGAACCAAGAAGUUUCCUUCAGGUGGCUUGUGGCCUUAAUAAAAGGAUGAAAUCUAAUCUUGAACUUAUGCAGUUCUGUGGUGAUCACGGUGAAGAAGUCUUGAGAUUUGAACCUCAGUGUGUAGAUGUACAGGCUGUACUAGAUGCAGUUUCUGCCCUGAAAAUUACAAGCCCCUCCAAUGAUGUGCAUAAGCAAAAUGGAAGCUUUUCAUUUAGGUCUGUGUCAAGAAGUUGGAAUAAUGCAGUGAUAACUAAUAAGAAGUAUUCCCCUUUUCAGGAUCAAGAACUUACUUAUCUUCAAGGUCAAAUGCAAAAAAUGUCCAUACGCUUUGUAUGUAUCACAAAGAUGCCCGAGUAUCAGCACUUGAGCUAUGAGGAACUUCGUCUGAAGUAUUACGAGCCAUCUGUCUUACAAGAAAAAGAGGCAGUCUCUGCGCCUGAAAGACUAAGGCCAUUUGUUUGCAAUAAUGUUAAUAAUUUCACCUUCAAUAUGUCACUAACAAAUGGUGUAACAUUCACUGGCCUGAAAAGACAAGAGACCUUUGACAUGGAUUGUACAGCUUACGGUAAAGAUGUAUUCAAAGACAAAUCCACAAAAACAGACUCUGGGAAAAUGGGGCAAAAGGACAGCCAUAUUGCAUGUGCACAGAAAAAGGAUAAUCCAGUCAAGACUCAUGACUUUCCUAGCACUUCCUCAGGUGGACUGACCACUAACUUGUCCUCUGACGUUAAAGGGUGCAAAACCCCUAAACUCUGUGAUGCUACCAGCAGCAAAGCCUUGUUUCCAAAUUUUUGCUUUGGAAAAUCGGAUAUUGUAAUUGUACAGAGGCCUGCUAGGAAUGAGAAAUUGUAUAAAAAGCUGAGGUCCACAGCAAGCUUAGCAAAGAGUGCUGGGUCAGUUGUGACCGUGACUGCUGUGGCUGACAGAUCAACUAAUGUAUUUAGCAAUGGAGUUGGUAAUGCAGAAGAGAACAUGUCUGUCAAUUCCGCCUCCUCAGAAGAAUUUUAUGAUGCAAGUUCUACUAUAAAUCCAGCUGCGGAAGAGACCUGUGAACAGAGGAGCAGGCCUAACUCCACAGAAGGUGAUGAAUCGUCAACCUUACCAAGGAGUCCGCAUUAAUGCUGUUCCGCCAUUUGUGUGUCGUAGUAUAGUUAAUGACGGGGUGCCUCCAGUUAAAGUUUAGACUUGCCACAGUCCUGAUGAAGGAUUUGUCCUUGUGCUGGAACCCCUGUAUAUAACUGAUAAACCUUGUGCCCCAUGGAUAUAAGCAUUACUUACCAAAGCUUUACUUGCACUCCUAAAAGCUUGAAUGGGUCCACAGUGCUCACCAGCUAAAGUUCUCCCACCAAGGCAGGUUCUGCCAAGCUGGAGAGGUCUUCAGGUACUCCAUUUUCUGCUCAUUUACAAUUUCUCUUGUACAGCUUUGCUCUGAUCAAAACCUGACUGUGUAGGUAACCCUUGAGUCCAGGAAGAUGCAUAGAAAGUUUAGUGGGGUCUUCACCUCACAUUGUACAUUUACUUUAAAUGUUUUAGCUUUUCUGUGGCAAAAUGAAUGGAAGAAAAGUGCCACUCUGCUUCAGCUGUGAUCAAUGUCCAAAAUAACAGAUGGAUGUUUUAGUGCAAGUGAAGGUAAACUCCUAAAGCAAAAAACACCUUACUACUACAUCACUAUAUGCAGUGCUCAUCAGACUUUCACCUCCAAACUUUACACCGGAUCUGUUUGAUGUGCAAACACGUUCCCUGCAAACAUUGGAGUUGAUUAAGAAGAGGUCCAUUAUAUCUGACAUGACACUGCAAU